CUUUCCUUUCAAACGUCCACUCGCUAGCCUCGAGAGACUUUGCCCGCUGCUGUGCAGUCGCCCUUUCAGCCUUCUCUUCACCAGCCUUUCUCUUCUACCCAAUAAACAGCCCGCCUGGUCGACCCAGCGAACGCCCUACACGAACACCCAACACGAAACUAGACCAGCCACCUAAACCCACCCACCCACCCACCCAACCACCACAAUGCGCUUCACGCUCUUCACCUUCUUCGCCGCGCUCGCCGCGCUCUUUGCCACCGUGCUCGCCGUCCCCGUCGCCCCCGCGCACCCCGGCAGCCUCAUGGGCCGCCGCUUCGUCGUCAGCGAGCGCGACGCGCCGCGCGCCCUCGCCGCUGCCGCCGUGCGCGCGAACCCCGUCACCAUGCGCAGGGACCACCCCGAGGAGUCGCGCGCGGACCGUUUCCAGAAGCGCCUCGCCCAGCGGGCGGGGCUGAAGGAGCGGAGCGAGGAGAGGGAGCAGGCGGAGGCGCCGCGAAAGCUUGCGAUCGCCGCGCGCAAGGCGAGGGCGCUGGGCAGGCAGGCGCGCCGCGAGAUGGAGCGGGCACAGUGAGGGAGCUUCCCUCGGCGCAGUGCAGGAGCUUAGGCUCCUGUGUACAUAAGGUCGCGUUGGCACGAUCGACCCCUGCGUGCAUGGACACUGGGCGUUUAGUCUCGUACAGGCUACGGACACUCUUGGGCACCGACUGGACUUGGCUCCCUACUAUCUAUCGGACUGGCUCCAUUAGUACUUAGAAUACACACAACAUGCUCCAUGAACAUCGUAACCCCCCUGCGUGCGUCAACGCACGAUGAGUGCAGGAAUGCUUGGACA